AAAUGAGCGGCAGACAUUCCAUUUCCAGCAUAUUUAUAAGAAGCAUAAUAGUAAUAGUUAUAGAAAUAAAAAUAAAAAUGAAAUCAAAUGACCCACUCACUGUUGUAGUCGAGCAAAGUUAUUUAACCCAGAAAUCCAACACCACUUCUACUUGUGUUCUGCCAUACACCCCACAUCCUCACACUCCCACCUUCAUUCCCAACUGGUUUCAACUUCCAACUUCUUCCUGCAACUGCAAAAUCCCAACUUCCCAUCCUCACACCACACAUAUAAAAUGGCUUCCCUAACAACCCCUAGCCACCAAACAUGUCGCAACCAUCCUAUCGCGGAGUCCGCAAGAGGAAGAGCAGCAACAAAUGGGUCUCCGAAAUCCGCCAGCCCCGCACCCCCAACCGGAUUUGGCUGGGCACAUUCCCCACCGCCGAGAUGGCCGCCGUCGCCUACGACGUCGCCGCCCUCGCUCUCAAGGGGAGCCAAGCGGACCUCAACUUCCCCAACUCCGCCUCUUCUUUUCCGGUCCCGGCCUCCACCUCCGCCGCAGACAUCCAGGCCGCCGCCGCCAGCGCCGCCGCCGCUGCCGGGGCCGCCGUGGAUGCUCUCUGCUGCGGCGGGAGUGUGGAGAAGGCGGAAGCCGCGGUGGCGCUGCAGCCGCCUGUGGUGGUGGAUGAGUUUGUUGAUGAGGAUUUGAUCUUUGAUUUGCCGAAUGUUCUUGCUAGCAUGGCGCAAGGGAUGCUCAUGACUCCGCCGCGCUUCGGCUUUGCCGAUGACGACGCCGAUUUUGACGGAGCUUUAACCUACGAUUACCUCUGGAACUCUCCCUAAUCAGACUCCUCAAAAUCGAAAUGGAUUUUAGUUAUUGCUUCCAGAGAGAUCGUACGUGAUCAUAAUAAAUAAGUAAUGUUGGAUGCAUGUUUAUAUUAAUUGUGUGUGUAUGUGUAAAAAUAAUAUAUAUAAUUCGAUAUAUAUUAUGUAUGUUACUUGUAAAUUAAUUAAUGGCUUCCUGUUCCUGGUACAUUCAUUUUGUUUUGGGAUGAUGCAAAGGUCAUUGAAUGGUGUUUAGGGUUUGGUAAAGAAGAGCUCUCACAUUGGCCAAUUUUUAGCUAGUCAACCUAUGGGUAUCAUUUCUUCGUUGAAUUUUUUAGGGCUUUUGGUGCACUGUUUCAUUGAUUUUUUGAGAACCCUUUUGUAAUAUUCCCUCCGUCCAUGAAAUUUAUGUCACAUUGCUUUUAACACGGAUUUAAAUAAAAUGU